AACCGGUCACAACAAGUAAAUGGAAUUUUAAGCUCUUUUCUGUGAAAAUGAUUAGAAAGGGAAAUUUCCGGUUGACAAUAGCUUUGUGCGUAUUUCUUUCGGCGGUAGUUGCGCAAGAUAUUAAACCGCCAUGUGUGACUUCAGAAACGUCUGAAACGCGUUGCGAGACAAUUACCACAGAUACAACGUGCCCCAAAGGCUUCGUCUUGCGACAUUUGAACGAAGAGGAAACAGACUGCGUUUUGAACGAAAACGAGAUCAAAUGCUCCGAACUCUUCGCUUAUAAUGGGACUUCGUGCGUUUACAGCGAAACAAUUUGCGCGGAAGGUUUUGAAUUCGAUUCUGACACGAACGAAUGCGUUGUCACAAGCACAGUUUGUCCCGAGAAUUUCUACUGGAAUGGCGAAACGUGUGAAAUUUUAAAUUUGGGAAGAUGUGCUCCGAUGUACGAAUUUGAUGAUGCCACUCAACGGUGCAUGUUACGGCAAAAAAUCUGCUUGCCGCCAUACGAUUGGGACGAGAAACUGUGGAAAUGUGUCAAGCACGAGUACAUUUGUCCGAAUGGAUUUAAGGCGAACUCGUAUGGAAAAUGUGAACAAGUAGAAAUUGUUUGUCCAAUCGGUUUCGAGAAACGAGGAUCAUCUUGUUACAAAAUUGAAGCUGUUUGUCCCGGAAAUUUGACUUUUAAUGGGACUUUUUGUGUUCCGUCGAUUAAUUGCCCGGAUAAUUAUGUUCAAAGAGGUUCAAUCUGUGUUCGCGAUCUCCAUGAAUGCCCCGUAAACUUCCAAUGGGAUGGCAAAACGUGCGUUCUCAAAGCGAUUUGUCCCGUUGGCUAUGAACUCGACGAUUCCACAGACAAAUGCGUGAAAACGGAAACAAAAUGCGAGAAAAUCAUCAUCAACAAUGGAACAUGCACCGAUACUGAAGGAAACUGCAAUACAACAAUAACUCGCUGCCCCGAUGGCUUCAAACUUAUUGAUGGGCGAUGCGUUUGUCGCGUCGGCAUGAUUUCGCCGAACGGAACGUGCAUUUGGGAUGGCACGACUGAUAAUUGUCCGCCCGGAUACGUGCACAAAGACGGAAAAUGUCAACCUGAUUACGAAUGUCCUUAUGGUUUCGAAAAGGUGAAUGGCGUGUGCAGAAAACGCGUUUGUCCUCCGGGUCACGUGCUCGUUAACGGCAUUUGCCAAAGACGUGGUUCGUGUUUCGAUGGCAGCAUUUAUGUCGAAGGCGUUGGAUGUGUUGAUUGCCCGCCAGGCACUUUCCGUAUCGGAGAUUAUUGUUACAAGAAUGGAACGUUUUGCGGUGAAGGCGGAUUUGGAUGUGAGUCGGAUAAUAUCACAACUUGUGGUUAUGGUUUUAGAUGGGAUGGAACGAAUUGUGUUCCGUUGUGUAGCUCUGGAUUGGUUUACAAAGAUGGCUUAUGCGUUCGUUACUGUCAUCAAGGAAUCCUCCUUCCAAACGGUACUUGCAUCGAAUGUCCUCCCGGAUUCGUUUUCAACGGAGAAACUUGCGUUCGUCGUUAUUGCGGUCCUGGCUUCACAAUCUCUCCCGAAGGUGAAUGCAUUCCCGCAUGCAAAAUUGGCGAAAUUCUUCAAAAUGGCGUUUGCGUUCCCGUUACUCCAAAAUGUCCUGAUGGUUACAUUUUCCGCGAUAAUCGUUGUCAACCUUUGUGUCCCGGACCAAAUUACAAAUACGAAAAUGGGCGUUGUGUCCCAAUCGGAGGAGAAAUUUCAUGCGGCGAUGGUUUCGUUCAACAUGGAAACACUUGCGUGCCAAUUGUUUGCCCCGAAGGUUACGAAUUAGUUGGAAAUACUUGCUUGCCGAAGCAAAAAUGCCCGAGCGGAUAUGAAUGGAGCAAUGGAAGAUGUGUUCCGAUUAGUUGCGGACCUGGAAUGGUGUUUAGAAAUGGAAGAUGCGAAUAUGUUGACUUCAAAUGCGGAACAGAUUCGGAUUAUAUCGAUGGAAAAUGUGUGCCGAAGACUUGUCCUCCAGGUUUCGCAAAAGAUCACGAAGGAAAAUGUCGUUGGGUUGGUCAACCAACAUGCCCGCCAGGUUUUGAACGCGGAAAUGAUGGAACAUGUCGUUGGAUCCCAACAUGCCCUGAUGGUUUCAUCUUCCAAAAUGGUCAAUGCAUGAAAGUUACUCCUGACUGCCCGACAGGAUAUCGUCGCGACGACACCGGAAAUUGCGUGCCAAUUGUUUGCCCGCCGGGAACAUAUCUCGUGAACAACGUUUGCAUGAAAUUCCAUUGUCCUCCGGGCUUUUUCUACGAGAACAACGAAUGUCAUCCAAUCACAUCGGAAGAAAUUGUCUCGACUACAACCCAAAAACCCGGAAAAAGUAAUUGUACAUCGACUUCAACGGGACGAACUUGCUUAGAUUCGCACGGAGGCACUUCGCACAUCAAUAAUUACAACGUGAUCGAACAUCCGACGAACAUUACCGUGCUGAAUGUCAAUCAUGUCGGCGUUUAUUUGGGUCGUUGCAAAAAUGGACAAAUAAAAACUGUCGUAAUUAGUGGCAAUGGCACCCAACAAGUCGACUGUGAGGAGGAAAAACACGAAAAUGACGUGAUUACGAACGAAAUUUUGGGAGAAGAUGGAAAAUUCGACGGAAACGUUUCGAGUUACGACGAAAAUGCCGAAGAUCAACAACAAACAAAGUGCUGCAACGUGAUCAGCCCGAGAGUUUGUGAGAAACGAGACGAUGAAUGGGUUUGUUUCAAUCGCAAACGGUUCAGAUGCGGAAGUUUUUGUACCGCGAAAACGGUUGUUUUGAGCCCAAGUCGAAGAGAUUGCCAUGGAUGCAUUGGCGGAGGCGGCUACAGAUGCGUGCAUGAGUGCUACAAACAAAUGAAUUUGUGCGAGACACGAGAUUGCGCUCAAUAUGAUUAUGAUUCAUUUUGCUCGAGUCACGGGUCAGGGAUUUGUUGGUAGUUAAAAUAAAUUGAGAUAACGAAAAUGUAACAAAAAAGCUCUUAAUAAAUUUUUUAGUAAGGCAGUUUUUAAUAAAAUAAAAACGAGAUUGAUAGAAAAAUUU